AUGCCAUGGAGUAGGUUAUUGGAGGCCAAAAAGUACAUAUCCGACUCUGACAAGGUGAUGAAGUGGAACGAUUCAGCAGGAAGGAAGGCCUUCCACAGUGCAAAGAGUAGGUAUUGGGCUAAGAUCAAUGGCCUUCCAUGCAAGUUUUCCUUGCCCAAUCCAGAUAUUUAUAUCGAUAAUAUUGAUUGGGACUCCAAGGUUGAUCCUCAACUUUUUCUGGACUUGGAAGUUGCCAAGGAACAGAAAAAUAAUAAUGUGAUUGACAAUUCUUUUCAAUUAAUUUUAGACCAACCCAUCAAGCCAACUGGUUGGGAUAUAUCAUGUAGUGAUAUUAUUUUUAACAAGCCUUUGACUGGUAUGAUUGUAGGAGAUUGUGGGGUUGGUGAGAAUAAUAAGAAUGGUAUCAAUUCAUGGGAGUGUAGCAAUUAUCUUGGUGCAAGUGAUGACAAUGAUUGGAAAGUUGUGGGAAAAAAGAAUGAGAAUUGUAGGAGCAGAGUGUAUGGCAAGGAAUGCAAGCCCCCAAGGCCAAGGUGUAUGAAUCCAAGGUUUCAAGCAGAUCAUGGGUUUCGAAGAAAUUAA